GCAGCGGUGCUGCAGCCAUUUCCGGUUUCGGGGAGGUGGGUGCGGUGCGGAGCGGGAGUUGGCGCCGCAGCCGCCUCCAGAGCCUGCGCUGCUGCCGGGUGCUGCCGCGUGCUGCCGGGACGAUGCGGCCGGAGCCCGGAGGCUGCUGCUGCCGCCGCCCGGUGAAGGCGAACGGCUGCGUGAAGAACGGGGAGGCGAGGAACGGGUACGUGAGGAGCAGCACCGCCGCCGCGGCUGCCGGCCAGAUUCAUCAUGUUACAGAAAAUGGAGGACUGUAUAAAAGACCAUUUAAUGAAGCUUUUGAGGAAACACCCAUGCUGGUUGCCGUACUUACUUAUGUAGGGUAUGGUGUACUCACCCUCUUUGGAUAUCUUCGAGAUUUCUUGAGGCAUUGGAGAAUUGAAAAGUGCCACCAUGCAACAGAAAGAGAAGAACAAAAGGACUUUGUGUCAUUGUAUCAGGAUUUUGAAAACUUCUAUACAAGGAACCUCUACAUGAGGAUCAGAGACAACUGGAAUCGACCUAUCUGCAGUGUGCCUGGAGCCAGGGUGGAUAUCAUGGAGAGACAAUCUCAUGACUAUAACUGGUCGUUCAAGUACACAGGGAAUAUAAUUAAAGGUGUUAUAAACAUGGGUUCCUACAACUAUCUUGGAUUUGCGAGGAACAAUGGAUCAUGUCAGGAAGCAGCUGCGGAAGUUCUCAAGGAGUAUGGAGCAGGAGUGUGCAGCACUCGCCAGGAGAUUGGAAACCUGGACAAGCAUGAAGAACUGGAGAAACUGGUAGCAAGGUUCUUAGGCGUGGAAGCUGCUAUGACCUAUGGCAUGGGAUUUGCAACAAAUUCAAUGAACAUUCCUGCUCUUGUUGGCAAAGGUUGCCUGAUUCUCAGUGAUGAGCUAAACCAUGCAUCACUAGUUCUAGGAGCCAGACUGUCGGGAGCAACCAUUCGAAUCUUCAAACACAACAAUAUGCAAAGCUUGGAGAAGCUUUUGAAAGAUGCCAUUGUUUAUGGUCAGCCUCGGACAAGAAGGCCCUGGAAGAAAAUCCUAAUCCUUGUAGAAGGAAUAUACAGUAUGGAGGGGUCUAUUGUUCGUCUUCCUGAAGUGAUUGCUCUCAAGAAGAAGUACAAGGCAUACUUGUAUCUGGAUGAGGCACACAGCAUUGGGGCACUUGGCCCUUCAGGACGAGGUGUGGUAGACUACUUUGGCCUGGAUCCCGAGGAUGUAGAUGUUAUGAUGGGAACAUUCACAAAGAGCUUUGGUGCUUCAGGAGGAUACAUUGGAGGCAAGAAGGAGCUGAUAAACUACCUGCGCACACAUUCUCACAGUGUAGUGUAUGCCACGUCUAUGUCACCACCAGUGAUAGAGCAGAUCAUCACCUCCAUGAAGUGCAUCAUGGGGCAGGAUGGCACCAGUCUUGGCAAGGAAUGUAUACAACAGUUGGCUGAGAACACCAGGUAUUUCCGGAGACGCCUGAAGGAAAUGGGAUUCAUCAUUUAUGGCAAUGAAGAUUCCCCUGUGGUGCCUUUGAUGCUCUACAUGCCGGCCAAAAUUGGCGCCUUUGGAAGGGAGAUGCUGAAGCGGAAUGUUGGUGUAGUUGUGGUGGGAUUUCCUGCUACCCCGAUCAUUGAGUCCAGAGCCAGAUUUUGCUUGUCAGCAGCUCAUACCAAAGAAAUACUUGAUACUGCUUUGAAGGAGAUAGAUGAAGUUGGGGACCUGCUGCAGCUGAAGUACUCACGCCGCCGGCUAGUGCCUCUGCUGGACAGGCCCUUUGACGAGACUACCUACGAGGAGACAGAAGACUGAGCCUUUCUGGUGCUCCUAGAGGGGGCACUCACUCCCAGGACAGCGUGUGGCCUCUCUGAGCCAGUUCCAGGAACCACACUUCAGGGACCACCUCACGUGAAAGACAUUUCUGAAGCUACUGAAGGUGGCCACCUCCACUCCAAAUAGCAUUUUGUAAAUAGUAAAAAAACAAACUGCUUCACAUUCUUCCUUUGUUUGCUAAGUCUCACCUUUAUAUAUAAAUAUAUAUAUAUAUAUAAAUGAUUACUUUGUCCAUUAAAAAAUGUUUUAUUUUAUAACUAUUUUACUUGUGAAAUCAUGCUGACCCUUGCCUGUGGCUUCUGAAACAGGUCUUCCCCACUCCAGCCGCCUCAUGGGCUUGGAUCCAUCUAGACUUACUUCUGGCCCUGGCUCCCAGCCUCGAGACUCACUGGCCCCUCCCUGGGGAGCAAGUGCCUUCUGCUGACUUCCCAUCCAGGUCUCAGAGGUGCCCCCGUUGUAACCCUUAUUUAACCAGUCAAGUUAAUCAACCAAAGCAUUGUGUCUUUAGUCUUAAGUUAAAUGUUAACAGUACCGAAAGAUUUAUUAUGUGACUUCCCCUGGCCACCCCUCCCAAGACUGGUCUCUUUUUUUAUUCUGGUCACCCAACAAUCCACUCAUUAUCAGAUCUUUCUUCAUACAGUCAUAGGCUGAAGAUGGAUCCAAAUAUUUGGUUCUUUCCCACAUCUAACCUUAAUGCUUCCCACCUCAACAUUGUUCCAGCCUCUGGCUGCUUCUGGGUCCAGAUUAGGAUUUGACCCGAUAAAGGCAAGUAUUGGUCAGAUCUUUGCUCAUGUUCCACUUCACCAUUAAUGGUAUAAGUUUUCCGUGUAGAUGCUGACCGCACUUGAACAGUGCUCUUCCAAAUGCCAGUUGUUCCACUCCUCCUGUCCUAAGAUGAUUUUACCCAGCAUCUGGGGCUUCCUUCUCUUGUGCUUCCAUUUUAUUUUAUUUUUUCCCCUUUGAGAAAUUCUGAUCAAAUACCUCUUUCCUAAACUGGAAUAGCCUGUCUCCACUGGGUCAGGGACUCCUUCUAGACUUUGUGCUGCUUGACCAAAGAACACAUCUGAAGAGCGCCAUUUUAAAGUUGUUUCUUUUGACCAAAGCUUAAUUGAAGAGAACUUUUGGCUUUAUUGUACUGAAGAUGGAUUUGUCUUUUAGUAGUGAUCAAGUGUUAUAGGGAAAGAUUGAGAAUAGAAUGGAAAACAAAAACCUGUUUAAAAGUACAUUUUAUAUGUCAUUCUUUAAGAUUAUUCUUGUUAUUGAUAAAGAUGCCCAAACCAAGUUCUCUCGGAGACCUUAUUGUCAGCUGCACAUAGGUGAAAGAGAAGAUAUCAGCAGUAUUGUCUGUGAAGCUCUGUUCUCAUGCCCUGGGUCCCAGUUCUCUUUGGUUCUCUUCACAUCUGUGAGCUUUCAGCCCUUGAGAUGUUUUAAGGUUGUAUAUGAAUUUUUUUAAAGAACAGAAAUGGGUGAACAAGCUGGGUAUGGUAACCUAUCCCUUUAAUCCAGCUCCCAGAAGGCAGAGGCAGGAAGAUCUGAGUUCGAGGCUAGCCUGGUGUACAUACAGAAGUUCAGGACAGCCAAGGCUACAGUAGUGAAACCUGCUGAGAGAGAGAGACAGAAAAAGAAUAAAUAAAAACCACAGAAAGAAUCAAGAACUAUAUUUAUAAAGAUUUCAUAAGUCAGUUCUGUAAAGCUCGAACACCUUGCUUCUUUUCCCCCUGGAGAAUCCCACUGGAAUACCAAGUAUUUUGCACUGCAGUUACUAUUUAAUAAUGUAGACAUAGGGCUUACAAAAGUAACAAAUUGAAGCAAUGAACAUACCUACUAGUCUUUUGGCUUACAUAAAAUCACUUCAAAUUAAAAUGCUAUUAUAGGCAUUUAAAUUUUUAUAGAUGUAUCACUUAGUUUGUGUAAAGUUUAUUUCAGGCUAAAUGUAAUUAAAUUACAAGGUUUUUUUUAAGACACAAAACUGUGAGCUAUCCUUGGUCUCUACUUUCUAGAGGACAAAAUGGUAUAUACACAUUAUAUGUGGCUGGUUAUUUGUAAAUCUGUAAUAGAAAUCUCAGGUCCAGUCAAGUCAUAGAUCAUUAUCCCAAUUUGGGGGAGAUACAAGGGUAUAUUAGUUCAGCAUCUGAGAAAGAGUAGAGGUCUGGGCCUUAAAGAGAUUCAAACCUACGUAAGUCAGCCAUCACCACCAAGCUGUCUGUGCUUUGCCUCAUGCUUUUCAUUGGUGGCUGUACUUCCUCAUUUAGUGGUUAUGAGACCCAUUUCUCAUCUCACAUCAGAAACCAGAUCAUCAGAAUCAUGCAGAAGAUGUGGCCCAAGGGCAGUGACUGUCUCUCUUUAGACUGUCUUUGUUUAAAGGAUCCAGCCCUCUCCUGUCCUUCAUUCACUGUCUUUAACUCUUCUGGUCCAGGCAGGGUUUCAGAAUCAAGCCUCUCCCUUGUGUCCUCACUUCUGGCCCACACCCUUUCAUAAGCUGAAGGGUGGAGCAUCCUCGUGGUGUUCUGCCUCUGAUCCUUUAGUCCCCAUUCGGUGUCUUCUGCUUCUUGGUGGUUGGGAUUCUGGCUCCAGAGAAGACUGCCGUGUCCUAGUGCAGCAUUUGGAGAGCUGUAGUGUAGGCAGGCCGUUCCUUGCAUGCACAGCCAUGCAUUUCAGUGUUUCUCCCCUUCUUAGUGAAGGGCAUCCAUAGGUGAGUCUCUGAUGACCGGUAGGGCAUGGACAGAUUACCACUGCUGAGUAAUAUACCUUGCAAAAAGCUGAUUUAGAUUUCCUAACUUUUUUUGGAUAAAGCAGGAAAUGAUAUCUACUACCACCCUGUUUUUCCAAAUUGAUGACGCUGCCUAAUUAUUUGUAGUAUUCUGACAAGACCUCAUAAAAAAAGAAUAAAAGCUGGUCCUCCUGUGUAAAAUGGCUGCUGUGGGUCAGGUAUGGUGCAUACCUAUAAUCCCAAUAUUCAGGAGACAUACGAGGAUGUUUUCGAAUUCUAGAGUAUCCUGUGUUACAAAGGGAGACUCUUAUCUCACCAGAAAGAAAGAAAGGGGAAAGAAAAAAGAGUGGAUUGCUAUGACAUGAUGCCAGAGCACUGUUCCCCCAGAGUUGUAGGUAAGAAACAGCUGGGUGUUUGUGUCUCUUUGCUUCAAAUAUGGGGCUAGUUAGGAAAAGGAAGAGAGCAGCAGUUUUCCUCUCUGCCUGUGCUAUGAUGAUCAGGAGCUGUGGAGUUGUUUCUUACAGGUAAAUUCACCUUAUCCUGGAGCUAUGAAGGGAGAGGUUUAUGAAUAUGAAUUCUGGUUGGCACUUUAUCAAAGAAUCUAUAGCUGGCACCCCACCUGCCCAUCCCUGGACCCAGAACCUAUGGAUGAGCUAUUACCUGCUUAACAGUAAGCUCAGUGCCCAGCAGGCAUCUUAAUCCAUUAAGCCGGUCAAUCAAAAUACCUUCCAUGUGGAGAAAAGCAUGUCCUUCCUCCCCUCUGCCUUAUCCACAUGAAAUGUGUGCUCGGGCAUCUAGCCAACUGCUGUGUCCAGCCAGAAAGCCAACUAAAGAGAGCACAGAAAAAAGAGAAAUGCCAGGGCCUGCCCGUGAUCCUUUCCCUUAUCUUGACUACAAAAUACUAUUGUUCCUGUUGUAGUUUUCAGUGACUUCCAAGCUGCUUUUGGUUUGAAGCAUUUCUAGGAAGGAAACACAAGGAUCCAGAUUAAGCCCUAGUCAAAGUGACCAUUUUCAUCUUUGCAGAGUCUGAAGAUUUCACAUUCACAGCUCACCCUUAGGAGCAGCUUGGUUGGGGGAGCUGUGGGCAAGAAUUUGUUUACUAUGGUGUGGCCUUAAACUGUUAAUUGUUUCUGAUGAAUUAUAAUAAACUAACCCUGAAGAAUGCUGUGGCUCUGCCCUGCAGUCACUGUUCUUAAUGAAGCAAUGUCUAAAGCUUUCUUCUUUUGGAGCAGUUGUGGGAGGUGGAGUGAAAGGCGCCUGUAGGAACAGCGCCCUGAUGUGCUACUCACUGCUUCUUUACCGCCUGCCCUCUUCCUGAGUGCAGAGGAACUCCAGUCAACUCAAAGGUUAGAACAAAUCCCAGGAUUCUUGUGCAGAAUCCUGGUGGACCCAACCAAGUGGAGGAUGUACCGGGAGGGGUGGAGUCGUGAAUUACUUACGUCCCCUUCAACAUUGUGCCUCAGGAUUAGUUUAGCCAGUAGUUGGACUUGAGAGCUUCCUUACUGGUUUUUCUUCACAGGACAUGGAAACCUCUCCUAUUAGUUUAGCCUGCAUGCCCACAGUCUCAGUGAUCACUCUCUGUGCAAAGGCAGCUAACAAGGGAUGGGGGAAAGAGAACAGGUGUCUGUGGGAGAGCUAAAUCAGGGCGGUCCUGUUGAUCCACGCUUUCCCACUGUCCACGUUGCUGCCAACUAGAAUCUUCAAGGGGUCCUCUGAUGCUAACCCUUUCCAUUGCUGUAAUGUUCUUAUUUGGGAACGUGAGCUUUUUAAUUUUAGUAAUGUCUUACAAUUAUCACUCUUCUGUAGCAUUUUAUAUCAGAUGACUGUGAAGCUAUACACAGUAGGUUGUGAAGGAUAUCAAUUUUCAGAGUGCAUGUUAAGAGUUAAAGGCCCUACUUGAAAUGAAUCAUCCCACAAAUACUGUUUUACCCUAAUAAAAUAAUUUAGAAAUACA